AGCAACAUAGCGACGAAGAGAAACCCGACAACAGGAGGUCACAGGCAAGUUACGAGACAAUAAGGGCUCGCUAUGUCGUCCCGUCGCGGUGUUGGACUAGGAGCGUUUGUGAAUAAGAACCAGGCUUCGCAGUCCUUUGCAACACAUGGCGCCAACCUGAAGUCAACACAUGCGAGCUCACUCCAGACACAGCUAUCAGUUUUCCAGUCCCUCCUACAUACCUUCGCCCUCGAACAUGGAGAGACUAUCAAGUCAAAUCCGACCUUCAGAGCAGAGUUUGCCCGCAUGUGCCACGCCAUAGGAGUCGACCCACUAGCAGCCAGCAACAUCAAGGGCAAAGGGAAAAGGGGACUCGGCGAAGGUGGUAGUUUCUGGACGCAAAUACUCGGCGGAGAUGUCAACGACUUUUACUUCGAAGUUGCUGUCAGAGUAGUUGAGCUUUGCAGAGAGACGCGCGCAGAGAAUGGCGGCCUGAUCAGUGUUGAGGCUUGCCGGAAGGUGGUAGGAGCUGGUAAGGCUAUUGGAGGGGGAUUAGAGGUUUCCGAGGAUGAUAUACUCCGUGCUGUCGAGUCUCUGGUACCACUUGGAUCCGGCUUUAAAGUCGUCAAAGUUGGGAGCAAGAAAUUCAUCCGGUCUGUUCCUAAGGAGCUUAAUACGGACCAAGCUACCGUUCUGGAAGUCAUCCAGCUCCUAGGUUUUGUAACAGUGUCUAUGCUACAGUUAAAUCUACAGUGGGAAAAAGCGAGAUCAAAGACGGUUAUCGGUGACCUUCUUGCGGACGGUCUUGUCUGGGUUGAUUCACAGGCUGCAGAAGCGGAAUACUGGUCUCCCCAAUAUCUACAAGAUAGCGGGUGAGAUGGCCGUAUAUUUAACUUGAAACUGGAAGCAUUUUCCAACUUAAGAGUUGGCUGAUCUUCUUACUCACACACGAGCAUAUGUCGCCCGUGUUGAAUACCGUUGGUGAAUCGCACCCACAGCUAAAUACCAGGAAGACGGACGUUACCUGCUGCCAACCUGCGAUUGGAAGCAAGCCCUCUACCAGCACCAUGGUAUAGAAAUGUUCAAUCCUGAAGCCUAAAUAUUUAUCCGGUCUAUUCGGUGUCCAUUCAAAGUUAUGGAUGGCCCGAUGAUAGUCGGUU